CCAUAGAUUUCAUCCUGGCUGACUGUUUUCUGCCUAAUUUGCCCGACUCUCACGAGCAACUAACACACUUUCAUCUGCAGGCACAUUCUUAUUUGCGGAGUUACAUUCACAACGGCUUGUGAUUGCUAGUUAUCCUGUUUCAUCCAAGGUCGAAGUAAUCAUUCUUGCCGCUGGCUCUGAGCUCUCGUCUGUCUGAAAGCUCAACCACUUAGCAGACAUCAGUUUUUACGCCAUGGCCGUCUCAAUGUCUGCCUCUUCGUUUUGCCAGCUGAAAUCCGCGUCGCUGGGAAGCGAGCUGCGAAGCUCCGCGAAGAAUAUUACCCUGCGAAGCCUGGCUUCGCGAGACCUUGUGAAUCAGGCCAUCUCCCUCUCCUCCGCCGACUCUCUCAGUCUAAACGCCACGGCUGUUCCCCGCACAAAUGUCGUUUCCGUCUCCGCUUCAGCCAUUCCUCCAGUAACCGCGGCCUCCGCUGCUGCGGUGACCGCGUUUCAAGGGACGCCUGUGCGUACCACGAGUGUUCUUGUAGUGGGAGCGACGGGAACUCUGGGCCGUCAGAUCGUUCGCAAGCUCCUGGACGACGGCUUCGAUGUUCGCUGCCUCGUGCGGCCCCGACCACAGCCUGCGGACUUUCUCCGUGACUGGGGUGCUACUGUCGUCCAAGGCGACCUAACCAAGCCAGAGACCCUCCCAGCAGCCCUAGUGGGAGUCCACACCGUGAUCGACUGCGCGACCGGGCGUCCCGAGGAGCCGAUUCGCACGGUGGACUGGGACGGCAAGGUGGCUCUGAUCCAGUCGGCGCAGGCCAUGGGCGUGCAGCGGUACCUCUUCUUCUCCAUCCACGAGAGCGAGCAGCACCCUGAGGUGCCGCUGAUGGAGAUCAAGAAGUGCACGGAGAAGCUCCUGGAGCAGAGCACGCUCAACUACACCACCAUCCGCCUCUGCGGCUUCAUGCAGGCGUUGAUUGGCCAGUACGCAGUGCCGAUUUUGGAGGAGCAGUCAGUGUGGGGCACGGACGCCACGACUCGCGUUGCGUACAUGGACUCGCAGGACGUGGCUCGCAUGGCCAUGGCUGCUCUCAGGAACGAGAAGACCUACCGCAAGACUAUCACGCUCGCUGGGCCCAGGGCGUGGACCACCCAAGAGGUCAUUGCUCUGUGCGAGCGCCUGGCAGGGCAGGACGCCAAGGUGACAACGGUGCCGGUGGGGGUGCUGAAGCUCACCCGGAAGUUCAUGCAGCUGUUCCAGUGGUCGUCUGACGUGGCAGACAGGCUGGCAUUCUCUGAGGUCCUCACCAGCAAUGCAGUCUUCUCUGCCCCUAUGACCGAAACCUACAAGAUGCUGGGGUUGGACCCCAAGGACACCACCACCCUGGAGCAGUAUUUGCAGGAGUACUACACCCAGAUUCUAAGGAAGCUCAAGGAUUUGAAGGCCACCUCCAAGCAGGGUGACUACUACUUGUAAUUACACAAGGGACAAUGCAGUGUGCUAGCUUGAAUUUCUCCCUGAAAUUUUGUACGGUAGACUUGAGCUAAUUUACUUUUUGCUUGGUUUGUUUAUCCUCUGAACGAAUGAGAUACCAUUUCACACCACACA